AUGACGAGCAACGACAACCAAGGAAGGCUUGGCGAUGCGCUCAGCUACCUCUCCUACAACGGCCACAAUGGCCUCAGCAGUGCUGAUGCUUCGGAAAAGCUGGAAGAGACAAGGACGACGCUCGCUCGUCCAAAAUCGGCGACGCUCCUGUCGGACAAGAGUUCUCGUCGACGAUCACCCCCAAGGCUGCCAAAUGAACUGCUAGAGAUCAUCUUUCACCACGCCAUACUACUCGACAAGACAAUGCUGCACAAUCUUGCUCUACUCAGCCGCGAUUGGCACGCCUCGCUCAACCCGCUCUUGUACCAAUGUCCGGCGCUGGAGGAUCGAAUUCAAAUGUACCGCUUCGCGAGGACACUUUCUGACGAAGCUGCUGCUGCGGACGACGAAAAGGAUGGGGACGUACAACAUGCUGAGGCGGCGACUCCAAGUAGGCUUGCUACCCACGUCAGCGAUCUCAGCUUUGGAUUUAGGAGGAGGACACAUGAGGCGUCCAGCUACCUCGAUGGCACCAACGCCGAUUUGGCUUGUGUGGUGCUGGAUCGUUGCAGGCGGUACGGCGGUCGUCUGCAUCGUGGUCUCUUUAGAGCGCAUGGUGAUGGUGCAUUCAAAAGCGGUCUUACGAGCGUCUGCCUGGGUACGCUCAAGGAGUUGACCGUUGCGGGCUUGAAUGAGGAGGCGCUGGGAGCGGUCAUCCAGGCGCUCAACGUGCCUCACGUUCCCCACAUUCCAGAUCCCACACAUUCAGGCCAUGAUCAAGACGGGGAGCCACCGGCACAAGUGACGCGGGUGUGCAUGUCGGGUGAUGUGGUACGUAGCAUGGGCGUGCGCAUCGAGGAGAGGCGGUUACGGAGCGGCGAGGUUGUUUGCAACCUCGAGGAUGAUACGCAGCUUCGACGGCUGCACAUCACGUCCAUCUCCGAAGACAUCUUCAAGCACAUGCGCGUUCCCGUUUCAAACCUGACCCACCUCGUCCUUUCCCUUCCGUCUACCAAAGGCAUCUACGCACCACCGGGACAACCAGGAACCAGUGUCAGCAGCGGUAGUAACAACAACAAUAACAACAAUAACCAUACCCAACAGCAACAACAAUCACAAACACAACAGACGACUCCCUUGCCGCAAUACCACCAUCACCAUCUUCCUUCUACACGCCUCCUCUCGCGUUUUCUUAUCUUGCAGACCCUCGGUCCCCGCAUUCGUCCCACUCGCGAGGUCAUCGAGGGCGAAGUCGCCGCGCUGCGCGCCCACACCUCAGUCGAGCUCGAGCGGACGAUGGCGGGUAAUCGCAUCUUUCUCCAGUUCCGCAGGCUCGAGAGACUCGUCAUUGUAGCCGAAGCAAGCCUGCUGAGGUACAUCAUGACGGAGCUGGCGCCCCUCGACGACGAGCGGCUGCACUUUCGGGUUGCAAAGGAUGUCAAGGGCGAUCGUAUCUGGCAGGGCCCGCUUUCGUGCGACGAUCUCGAGGCAGGCGUCGCGGCCGAGUGGGACCGCGCCUCGCUUACAGCCUCGCCGUCAGGGCCAGGUAGAAGAAAGCAGAGAGGGGCGAGAGAUGGGGAGGUAGAGGACGAGGACCUGGAAGCGCCGUGGAAGGACGAAGAGGAGGAUCUGCUGGGCGCCACGAGCGCAAAUAUCGCCGAGCUCUCACGUCGCAUUGAUGCGAGAGGAAGCGGCCAACCUGACUUCUGGUCCAUGGGCGGGUCAGCUCUGGGCUAUGGUGGUUGGUGA